AUGGCAGCUGUAGCCCGCCCGGAGGCAACCCAGAUCCUCACCCACGCCCCGCAAGCGAUAACCUUUUCCUUCACCCCCUUCCUCCGCCAGACCUACCGCCACGAGCUCUCCUCCGACCGCCCGCAAUGCAAGCCCUUCCUCGCGGGCCACUGCCCCCUCGGCGCCUCCUGCCCAGACCGCCACGCCUCCUCGCCAUCCUCCUCCAACAAUAACUCCGGCGGCGGCGGCGGCGGGCCCUCGCUGGUCUGCAAGCACUGGCUGCGCGGCCUCUGCAAGAAGGGCGAGAGCUGCGAGUUCCUCCACGAGUACAACCUGCGCAAGAUGCCCGAGUGCAACUUCUUCAUGCGCAACGGCUACUGCUCCAACGGCGAGGAGUGCCUGUACCUGCACAUCGACCCACAGUCGAAGCUGCCGCCGUGCCCGCACUACGACAAGGGCUUCUGCCCGCUGGGCCCGCGCUGCAGCAAGAAACACGUCCGCCGGAAGCUGUGCGUCUACUACCUCGUCGGCUUCUGCCCCGAGGGCCCCGGGUGCAAGUUCGGCGCGCACCCGCGCUGGAGGACGGACCUGGAGAAGCCGAGCGUCAAGGUCGAGGGCGAGGACGAGAAGAAGGACGGCGAGCGCGAGGACGGCGAGGCGGUGCCGGUGCAGAGGGAGCAGCGCAUGCGGGACAUGCACGAGGACCGCGGCCACGGGGACCGGAGGCACGGCCGCGGAGGAGGCAAGUGGCGCGAUCGCGGGAACAGGAGGUUCCGAGGACGUGGUGGUCACUGA